CAGAAACAAAUCGACUUCGUUCUUGGUGCGUUUGUAGGCUAGUACUAGCCAACUGCGUCCCUGAAGGAAGAAAAGAAGCAGCGUUUUGUCGUAUUGUUUCAUGGUCAUAAGUAGGUCAGAAGAGCAUAUAUAUUUGACAAGAAACACCUACAACAAUGGAGGCGGAAAAUCGACUCAAGAAGAGGUCUUACGGCGAGGAAGAAAAAUCGGGAUCAGAGAGAUCUGAAGAUGACGCCUAUGUUCCAUACGUUCCCGUUAAAAUACGAAAGCACCAAAUGCUUCAGAAGAUGCUACGUCUGCGAGGGAAGGCAGUGGAGGAGGAUCAGAAGGACAGCGGAGGAGAGCAGAGGGAUGAAGAGGAAGGUCUGGGGCCUCGCUCCAACGUCAGCCUCCUGGACCAGCACCAGCACCUCAAGGAGAAAGCAGAAGCCCGUAAGGAGUCGGCCAAGGAGAAACAGCUGAAGGAGGAAGAGAAGAUUCUGGAGAGCGUUGCUGAGGGCAGAGCUCUCAUGUCAGUGAAAGAGAUGGCUAAAGGCAUCAUAUACGACGAUCCAAUCAAAACAAGCUGGAAGGCUCCGCGGUACAUCCUAAACAUGCCCCCUGCCAGACACGAGCGCGUCAGGAAGAAGUUCCACAUCCUGGUGGAUGGAGAUGGUGUCCCUGCUCCUAUUAAGACCUUCAGAGAGAUGAAGUUUCCACAAGCUGUUAUGAAAGGUUUGAAGAAGAAAGGGAUUGUGCAUCCCACACCUAUUCAGGUCCAGGGAAUCCCUACUGUCCUGUCAGGCAGAGACAUGAUUGGCAUCGCCUUCACUGGGUCAGGAAAGACCCUGGUCUUCACCCUGCCCAUCAUCAUGUUCUCCCUGGAGCAGGAGAAGAGGCUUCCCUUCUGCAAGAGAGAAGGGCCCUACGGACUCAUCAUUUGCCCGUCGAGAGAGUUGGCGAGGCAGACCCACAGCAUCAUAGAGUACUACUGCAAGCUGCUGGAGGAGGAAGGAGCCCCCCAGCUGCGCUCCGCCCUCUGCAUCGGAGGCAUGUCCGUCAAAGAGCAGAUGGAGGUGGUCAACCAGGGGGUCCACAUGAUGGUGGCCACCCCUGGCAGGCUGAUGGACCUGCUCCAGAAGAAGAUGAUAAGCCUGGACAUCUGCCGUUACCUGGCCCUGGACGAGGCUGACAGGAUGAUUGACAUGGGCUUCGAGGAGGACAUCAGGACCAUCUUCUCCUACUUUAAGGGUCAGAGACAGACUCUUCUCUUUAGUGCCACCAUGCCAAAGAAGAUCGCAAACUUUGCUAAGAGUGCCCUGGUCAAACCCAUCACCAUAAACGUAGGCAGGGCCGGAGCUGCCAGCUUGGAUGUCAUUCAGGAAGUGGAGUAUGUGAAGGAAGAGGCCAAGAUGGUGUACCUGCUGGAGUGCUUGCAGAAAACCCCACCUCCUGUGUUGAUGUUUGCGGAGAAGAAAGCCGACGUAGACGCCAUCCACGAGUACCUGCUGCUGAAAGGAGUGGAGGCUGUGGCCAUCCACGGAGGGAAAGACCAGGAGGAGAGAACCAAAGCCAUCGAAGCAUUUAAGGAAGGGAAGAAAGAUGUGCUUGUGGCCACAGACGUGGCUUCCAAAGGUCUGGACUUUCCCGCCAUUCAACACGUGGUGAACUACGACAUGCCAGAGGAGAUAGAAAACUAUGUCCACAGGAUUGGAAGAACUGGUAGAUCUGGGAAAACUGGUAUUGCAACAACCUUCAUCAACAAAGGCUGCGAUGAGUCGGUGCUGAUGGAUCUCAAAGCUCUGCUGAUCGAGGCCAAGCAGAAGGUGCCUCCGGUCCUCCAGGUGCUCCAGACAGGAGACGAGACCAUGCUGGACAUCGGAGGGGAGAGAGGCUGUACGUUCUGUGGUGGUCUGGGUCAUCGUAUCACCGACUGCCCCAAGCUGGAGGCCAUGCAGACUAAACAGGUCACCAACAUUGGACGCAAGGACUACCUGGCUCACAGCUCCAUGGACUUCUAACGACAUGUUUGAGGCUCUGAAUCUCUCAGAUUUUAAACUACCAGUAGACAUGCUCAGUGAAUUGUACAGUCGUGUGAAUUAUGUUUUCAAUUAAAAUGGACUUCCUUUUUGUUG